AUGCUAGCAGUUGUAGAAUCUAUUACAGGUAAUUCGUAUAACUUUACUUUUUUACGGCAUAUAUUUUUUGCACGUUACUGCUAUAAUACUUGAAACAAUUCAAACAAAUGAACAGAUAAAUCUGCAGUAGUUUAAUUUGGUUUCACACGACAAUAGUUUGUAACAAAAGAUGGGUUAUCAGCCUUUUCAGGCAUUAUAUGUAUAGUAGUCUUGUAUCUAGGGGAGAAUAUAGAAAUAUAGUUUACUCAAACCUACCAAUAAAUAAUUAUUUUGUUUUAGGACCACAAAGAGAAGUGGUUUCAAUAUACAAUGAUGUAUUUGACACUCCACCAUCCAGACCUCAAUAUUUCAUCGAAGUUUAUCGCUGUGUUAAAGUUGACUUCGGCGAAUGCACUAGCAGUGGACCGUCUGGGUACCCUGUGCCGGAGAACAUUGAAAAAAUUGAGAUAGUGGUUCCGCAUAUAACGAACUGCAAAGAUCAGAAUUCUACCUACAAAACGAAGUUUUAUAAAUAUGUCGUUUAUAAUCACACGUCUUGUAAAUGUGGGACCAUCAAGUUCAGGCAUAGUACUCUGUAUCAAACAAUAACUAAUAACGAAGGUUAGUCCAAUGAACAUGCAUGUUUUGUGAUUAAUUUUCUUUCGAUAUUUAGAAACAUAUAUAUAUAUAUAUAUAUAUAUAUAUAUAUAUAAAUAUACGGGGAGAACACGGGAUCUCCAGGGGCACCGGAAGGACUGGAACGCGGCGGGGGCAGAAUCUUGAAAAAGGCAUUUUUCGCGCCGAAGGUGCAACACCUCGUAGGGGUGUCCGGGAGCAUCUUCCCACGGAAAAUUUUUAAAUCUAGAGUCUCUGAAAUGCCACUUCGUGCAUUUGUGGGCAGAGUUUGACAUAAUUUUGAGUAUUAAUUAAUAAACGUACAAAUACAAAAACGUAUAAAACGUAUAAAACGUAUAAAAUACAAAAAGCAGUGAAAUUUUUAAGUAUAUUGGUGCAUGAAUAUUUUGGUAGCUGAUGAAGUCUGACAGUUAUUGCAGCAAAAUAUUUCUAUAAAUUGUGCACUAGAUCAGUUUUUUAUAGAUUAUGAAUAAAUUGAGUAGAUUCAGUAACAACAUAAGACGUCCAGUUCGUGUAUUAACAAUAUCAAAAUUCAUAUAAUAUUCAGCAUAUUGUAAUUAGGUAAUACUAUCUGUUGUUUAAUACCAUGUAAAGCCGGAAUCCGAGGUUGAAUCUAUCAAAUACUGAACUGUCCAAAGUAUUUUCGCCGCUUUUCAUUCACUCGGACAAAAUCUCUGGCAACCUUGGUGGUACAAACAUCGUCCAUAGUGGCAACGUUGGUGGUAUCAGCAACCUUGGUGGUAGACAAGCAUCGUUGACUGUAGCUAUGAUUUAAUCCGUCGCAUAGCGCAUGCAGAAACCUCUCUCUGCGGUUUCUGAUCCUAUUGGUACAGUAUGGUAAAGGCACAAUGACCAGUUGUUGGUUUCUGGAAGGGUUUCUUUUGAACUUUGUUUCUCGUUCAAGACAUCACAAAUAGUGGAAAACUUAGUAAUCUUCUUUAGGGGAACUGUAUAUGUUGGGGAACUUGAUGUGGACACGAAUCUUUUCCAGCUCGUUCUUUAGCUCGUCUAUAUGUCGAUUACGUCUGCUAUAGCAGCAAGGCUAUCGAAAUCUUCAUCGUUGGUAUGGUCUUCCUUUUUUGCGCUAAGUGGUCAGUUGUAGGUCACGAACAUUGUGCAAGCAAAACAGAAACAGUGCAAAAUAUUGCCUACAAUAGCAAGCUAACGCAAAUACAGCGGUUCGUGCAAAUAUACUCGCACAACAAUGUAGAGUAAAAUAAAUUGAUAUAAAAUAAGAUAAAGGAACAAUCCGACUUUUAACACUGUACUAUAAAGAAAUCGAUAACUACAAUCUGUAAUCCUUGCUUCUUUGCUUGUGUUGUAUAUCCCAACGAAAAAACGAGUCAACUAACUAUCACGGUUCAGUGCUUCUUAUUAGAGACUUUAAUUACGCGUUAUACAGCAAACGGCAACCUCCAGGCAAAGAAAGAUUUCACGGUAUCGGGUAUCAGGCAAUAAAGAGUAAAUGAACUUGCUGUUUUAAAACUGCAAUGCAUGAUUAUUCUUUCGACACAAGAAAGAAAAUAUGAAACGAAAACGUUUAACGAAAAUUUUGCGAAGAAAGUUCGAACUGCCGUUUGCUGUUCCCGGAAACGCGAAGCUUAAACUCUCUAUUUAUAGUAGAGGCAAGGAAGUUAAACAAACUAAAAACUGAACUUAAUAAGGCUGCGUAUCUUGGGUGGAAAACCACAAGAAGCUGGAAUGCUCUAAAACAAUCUAGAACAGGGGAAGAUUUAUCGCAAAUACGUUAUUGUAGUGCCAGUCUCCCAGAGCAUGACUGUCCUAAGCGACCAGAGAAAUUUAGGUGUGUCAAGAAAUUACAAAAAUGUAGAAGGCUUAUAUCCGUCCAAAUAGAAGGAUUAUAUGGAUUAUACCAGUCCAAACUGUUCCAUGAAGAUAACAAGACGCUAUCAACGUAGCCUGCGUAAUGCGUAAAUGAACCAUGAAAUGAACGUGGUCAUAAUAUAUACUUAUACAUAUGACGCCCAGUCAACAAUAAUAACUUAUUAGCUUGCCGCUAGAUCGCUAAUUCUUUUUUGUCGCAAAAAGGGGCAACCAGUUGCCCCCGCACUGCCCCCGCACUGUUAGGGCAGCGAAAGUAUUUGCUAGUGGAGAACCGGCUUUAGUCAGCCUUCGAUUCAGUGACGUUUCACGUAAUUUAGGUUUCAAUUGCAGGUAAGGGUGAUUAUUACACCGUAACCUUAUCCUGUAUGAAUUUCUCUUGUAGUGUCAGAAACUGAUUACAAUGUUAACUGUACGAAAAAUCCAGUCAAUCUAAUACAUCUGUGUCACAGUCAUGCUUGCAAACCCCAACAAAGAUACUGUUUCACGCAUAUCGACGCUGUCCGACCGUCAACAUAUCUACCGUACAAACAGUGUUUGCCUUGCAGUGUGGCGUUAAAAAACAACACGUCUACAGAUCAAAUUACCUUGAUAAAUAAUAAAGUGACGUUUGUCAACCUUACAAGUGAUAUUUCAUGCAAGGCUAAUGAUGGAAAGAACGCUGAACCACAAUUAUGCCCCAACCCUACAACACAAAAUAGCUCAAACCCUAUAACACAAAAUAUCAUGCCAAGACAUGGAAAGUUACUAAGAUCAUCAGAAGAUGGAAACCCACGUGACAAAAGUAAGAAUACGUAUUAUGCACCAGCAUAUUAUAGUUGAGGGGUAAUGGAGGUAGGGCGUAAUAGAGAGAGAUGGCUGAUUAGAGAGUGGGCGUAUUAAAUAGGGGACAUAGUAGAGAAGGGACGAGAGAGAGAGAGAGAGAGAGAGAGAGAGAGAGAGAGAGAGAGAGAGAGAGGGAGGGAGGGAGGGAGAGAGAGAGAGAGAGAGAGAGAGAGAGAGAGAGAGAGAGAGAGAGAGAGAGAGAGAGAGAGAGAGAGAGAGAGAGAGAGAGAGAGAGAGAGAGAGAGAGAGAGAGAGAGAGAGGGGAUUAUUAAAGAGGACGGUUAUUAGAGAGGGAUGAUCGAUAUAGGGCAUGAAGAUUUGCGCUAUAUAGAAUUGAUGAUUAACAGGAAUUAUUAUGUAUCUGUCUAGAGUCAAAUCAUGAGAUUCUAGUUUCGAUUGCUUCAGGCAAAGCCAUCCUGGUCGCCUUUCUAUUGGCAUUGCUGUUAUUUACUAUAUUAAUUAUGGACCUCACUCUUUGCCGUCGAAGGAAAGGAAUUCUUUACGCUUUGCUUGGUUGUAAAAGUGAUGACGGGGAUAAUUUUUGUCGACGUUGUAGCGAAAGAAAUAGAAAAGAAAUUACAGUGUAAAACAUAUAUAGUAAGUACGAAGACCUGGUUCACACGACGAACGUUUCAUGAGCCAAACCAAGGAGCUAAAACAAUGAGUUUAGGUCAUUAACGUUAGCUUAGGCUCAUGAUUAAACUUGCUGCAAGCCCUCGUUCUUCUGUUAUUGAGAUC